GCGGGAUGGGAGCCGCUCACCCACCCAUCAGGAGCUUUGUUUUUCUACCACCCAUAUAAAAGAGUUUUCACUGAUGCCGAUGUUCGAGACCCUGAAACUGCAGCCAAAAUGGGCAAGGCUGCUGAAAAGGCUCACAAAGAAGCGUAUGAUGCAGGCAUCGCCUUGCAUCCGUCCGUCGAGUUAUCGUUGGAGGUCAUGUUGGGAGAUGGUAGAACAAUCGGCUACUACUUUGUCGAUCACGACAGACGUGUCAUUUUCUGGUUCGAAGCCCACAAAUGUAUUCACCUCAUGCUUGGUGUUCGAGGUGUAGAACGCAAAAGCCACGUCAGGUAUGCGCUAGAAAGCGAGUACUGGGGACAUGUCAAUCUGUUUCCAAACAAACGCCGUCUUCCAGAAGAUGUCGUCGUCAGACUCAAAGAACUUCUGAUGCAUGCUCAGGCAGAAUAUAUCGAUCUUGGCACAUCUCUAUCACCUUUUGCUUCGGAACAGGUUGAAAGUCUGCUCGGCCUUAUAGAUCCGCUCAUGAGUGAAUCAUUCACUCUCGAUGCAUGGAACGAUUCUGUGAGUUCGGGGCUAGUAUGGAGCGCGCCCCGUUUCCUGAUUAAGUUGCUAGGCAUCGUCAAGUUUCUAAACUUUUGUGGACAACCAAGCGCCCGACGUAACACAAACAAAUCGUUAUACCAAGAUUCUGAUGAGCACUCAAACACCAUCCUUUCUCGAGUCAUGAAUCUUAUAAUGUUCGGAUCCCCUGAUGCUCAUAGAAAGGUUCUUCACUGGAUAUUGGUCGAUAAGAAGAUCAUCCAAUUGGGGCGGUAUAGGAAUUUUACCGACAGGCUCAAUAGUGAAUGGAAUGGAUACGCAAUAUUCUCUACUGUAUUACUUGCUGUCGACAUCAGUUUUCUCGCGGUCCCAUUCGUCCAGACUCAAACUUCUGCAAUCCUUGUAUCAUACCUAUCCACUUUGUGUGCCAUGGGCUCGUUUGUGGUUACACUGGUCUUUGCUAGACAACUCAAUGACGGCCGGCGAUACCCUGCUGAACGCGUGGCGUCCUUCAUGUUUGGGGUGAAAAGUUCCGUCGAACGCCUUUCCCUGAUGCUCAGUCUGCCGUUUGCAUUCCUGAUUUGGGGGUGA